CCAACCUACCACCCCGUCGUUUCUCCACCAGCGCACAGCGCCAUAUUCGCACUGCAGACUUUUGGGUUCAGUUGCAACAAACUGUUUGCCACUGUCGCACGGGAUCUGUCGCACGGGAUCAAACUAACAAAAAACUGUUAGAUUGCAACCAGACUCACGGAUAAAAUAUACGUCGAUUUAUGGUUACAGUGUAAAGUUAUUGUAUCACUCGCUUCAGAACCAGUGUCGAUACAACACCGGACGGACGAAUUUCAAACAUGGGCACAUUUUCGGCAUGGUCGAUCUUUCUGGUGGUCUCGCUGCUUGCUGUGAAAGUCCUGUCCCAGGAGUUUGGUGACUUUGACCUGUCUGAUGCCUUGGAUGAUGGCGAUGUCACUAAAGCGCCAGCAGCAGCCACACCGAAACCCAAACCGGUUCCAUCGGGAGCAGACCUGGACCUGUCAGAUUUCUUUGGAGAGGGUGACAAGAUUACCACCACCAAGGCUCCUUCUAAGGUUCCUCCUAAAGUCCCAGCAACCAAGGCCCCGCUCAAACCCAAACCCAAACCAGAUGACACCCAGGCUGAUUUUGACUUUGGGCCCGGCCUCCGCCCGGGCCUGCUCCCCCGUGCCACCAAGGGCCCCCGUAACCCACCUAGGCCCCAUCCUGCAGGUGAUGAGUUUGACCUGAGUGAUGCUCUGGACCCCAAAAACGACAUUGGAGGGAAGGACAAGAACAAGGGACAAGCAGAUAAAGGUAUCGGAGGCGGGGGCAAGGGUGCCGGAGCUUCCAACAACAGAGGGGGGAAUGGGGGUGGCUCCUUCUCAGACGGUGAUCUGUUUGACGUUGGAAAAGACAACACCUAUAACCCCGACAAAGGGAAAGGUGGACGCAAUGGUGGCCCAUCCACUGCUGAUGACAACAACUAUGACACCAUGGCGGAGACCGGAACCAUCGCGGGGAUCGUCAGUGCCGUUGGCGUGGCGCUGGUUGGCGCGGUUACAAGCUACAUCUCCUACCAGAAGAAGAAGUUCUGCUUCAGCAUACAACAGAGCCUGAAUGCAGACCUGGUGAAGACUGAUAACCCGGACGCUGUGGUGGCCACAGAACCACAAGUUCAACAGACUCUUCUGGAGCCCCCCAAUGCUGAGCCCCCUAGUGAGGAGAACGCUGUCUAACAACCCCCCCCCCCCCCCCCAGUUCUGCCUCGUCCCCCAACCUACACACACGCACAAACAAAGAGGGCAUGACAACACACACUUACCCGCUCCCACCUUAUGGAAUAUCUCUCUCCGCCUGACACACACACACCAACACACACACACACCACUUUUGAAUGAUAGUCCCCCCCCCCCUUAUACCUGGCUAUACAGAGAUCAGCAAACUCUGUUUGUAAUGUAACGUUCCAUUGGCGGCCAUGUUGACACCGCCAACUUGCAUGACAUUCUAAGGUCAGAAUGUCAUUGUGACAUAACUUGGUGCCAACAUGGAGGGCAGUUUGCCGACCUCUGUAGACAGACCUACCCCUGCCAAACUAUGUGUAAAUAUCAUUUUAAUUUAUUUGAACUGUUUUGAAUACCACUAAUAUGCCUGUUUCCUAUAUGAUUAUGUAGGAGAUGUUAACCUGAUGCCGGGAUCAGUUUGAGUUUGACAAUGAUAGUCAGAGGACUUGCUAAACUAAAACACAUACAGAUCUCGGACCAGGCUUCCAUCUUGGUAUUUCCUGAAGAGAUAGUGUAGGACAUAGUAUAGCCCACAUACUUGUCCCGUAACUCUGUUUAUCCAAUCAAAAAGCGUAUCUAAUCGACACAAGCCCUAUGAUCGGUGUGGAUUUGUUUGCUUAGGCAUAUAAAAAAAAGUAGUGAUUUGAACUGUUCAACUAUUGAUGCUAGAAAUCAAACGUCGAUUGAUAUCCGACCUGCACUUUCUAUCUGUUGGAUUGCCUUCAAUAUUCAUUGAAUUGGUUGAAUUCAAUUGGUUGUACGUAUAUCCCCCGUGUGAUUUUGUACCAUUUCUACCUUCAUUGUAUAUACUCAUCUUGUCCGAAAGACACAGAGCGUUUUUGCAGUGGUUACUUACACAGGUUCAUGUCUAAAUGCUGCAUUUUUAUAACCUCGAUGCCAGCCUGUUUGUGCUUUUUAGGCACGUCCUUGUCACUCAUUGUAAAUGCUAGCAUUUUUAUAGUGUUGAUUUGAGGAUGGGGAAAAAAAUUAAGCAAUUUGAAAAACGUAUUUGUUACCUACUAACCCCCAGAGAUGCUGCUUUAUUGUCCAUCAUAUAAUUUGCGCUUUUUAAAGACACUGAAGAGAAAAUAGUCUCUUUUCCAAUAUCCUUAAUAGCAUACUACUUAGGGAACGAACCAGUAGGGUAUGAACCAGUGUAUUGGGUCCUAGCGUUCUAAGUAGUAUUCCAGUAUGGACAUCGGAGGGUACACAAAGGCUCUGUUCCAAUAUCCACACUAGCACACUACUUAAGCUGCGUUUAUACUGUCAGUCCAAUUCUGAUAUUUUGCCCAAUUAUUGAUCUGAUUGGACAAAAUACCAAUUAGUGGCAAAAGAUCAGAAUUGGGAUGCCUGUGUAAAUGUAGCCUUAGGGAACGAGCCAGUGUAUGAGGUCCUAGCAUUCAAAGUAGUACGCUAGUCUGGAUAUUGUAGCGUAGCCUUUAAGUCUACUUGUGUGGAAACGUGUUUGUGAUGAAGAUAAUAAUACUACUCUUUGUACGUUGUAUAUCUAUUUUGUCUUAUUGAGACAAUGCCAGUGCUAGAGAAAGUUAAGUCAAUGUGAAAUCGAAGCCUAGUUGAACUUUAAAACCUCUUGAUAUUGAAGUAACAUAAUGGUCGCGUUCCAGGCCAACUACAUUGUAGAUGUUGCAGAUAUUCCAGGGCAUCAACCAACAGUUGCGUGCCACAUCAUCAACUUGGCGGUCAGGCAUCAGGUUGCUAUAUCAUAAUGUGGUUAGCUGGUGUGUUAAAGUCUUAUCCAAGCAUUGUGAGAUCUGGAAGGCGUCUGCAAUGUAGACAGUCUGUAACGCGCCCAAUGGCAAUGUAGAAAAUGGAAGUUUGUUUUUGUAACAAAGUCAUUUAUGGCUAUUUAUAGACUUCUGAGGUCCUUCAGACUUAGCUCUUUGCUAAUAUGAAAGCAUAGUUAGUUAGUCUUAGGUUCUUUGGGUAGUCUUCAUACUAGGUGUUGCUGUGCUGCAGUCAGUUGCUUGUUAGGAUGAUUGGGGUCAAUUCCAUCUCAAACCAGCCAAUUCAGGAAGGGAUUUCAAAUUCGAUUUCAAGAAUUGAGAAAAUGCACAAGAAUUUAUAAAAAUCCUUAAUAAUUGAAAAACAAUGGCACAUUUUAGUUCAUGAAUUGGGAUUUGAAAUCACCCCCUUGAAUUUACCUAAUUGAAAUGGAAUUGGCCCCAAUCCUGGUUAGGAGACGAGUAGUGAAAGUGAAGCUUGUAAAUUGCGGUGUUUCUGUGUUUUUACUAUUACUUGUUGUAUGAGCAUAUUCCUUGAUAUUACGGUGUGACCUGAUGAUCUAUACACUCGUUCCUAAGUGUGUUUUUGUGAGAAAAUAAUUGCGUCUCUGCACCCCCACUCUUUCUACACUAACGUUUCCUAGAGUGGGUUUUGUCUUAACUUCUUAGCUCAAAUGAUUUAAAAUUUCUUUUAGAUAUAGAAGAACGUUUGUUUCCAAGUGACUUUUAUUCCAGAAAUUAAAACCUUUUUAGUGCGGAUCCAAAAUGGCCCCCUAUUCCCUUUGUAGUGCACUUACUAUAUAGGGAAGAGGAUGUGAUUUGGGAUGUAGUCCUACUGUGUGCUGCACCCUGUUCUGUUUGGCUCCCUUGUUGCCUUGGAAACGCAGCUCUAGAACCACUCCUUCUGUGAUGUUCCAGUAUUCUCCCUACCUGUAGUAACUCACUGUCCCUAACAACUGCACCAGGAUCAGUUGUAUCAUCUUACUUAUAAUGGGUAAGUUAAGGUUUGAGUUCGGAGGAACUGUUGUAAAAACGUGUAAAAAUACGGACAGAAUAUCCCGAAGACACAUUUCAGUUCAAGGCAUUCAGUUGUACAACUGACUAGGCAUCCCCCCUUUCCCUUCCUUUAACAUGGACCGUAGUGUUGCGGAAUACAACACAGGACAAUAGAACUGUCCAAACAUUCAAUUUCACACAGGUUAAAAAGGUCCAAUGCAGCAGUUUAUGAUCUCAAUAUCAAAUAAUUUCUGGUUAACAAUGACCUUACUAGCUAGGUUUCCAUCCAAUUGGUGAUUUUCUUGCAAAUACAGUAUGCUAAAAUCCACAUGAAAACAUUAUGCACAUUUUCCCACCAGAGAUGUGUUUCCACCAAAUUGACGUGUUGCAGAUGAAAGGCUGUAUGUGAUGACGUAGUGCACAUGAACAUACCUUUUUGCGCUUAAAUUCCCAUGUACCGAAUAAAGACAUAUAAGUUCCUGUAAACGGGUUUCCAUCGCAUUUUCAACUCUACUGAUGGUUUUCUCGCCAAAACAAUUGCAUUAUAUAGCGCGUGCCCACUCUGGUAGUGGCAAGUGCGCUCGAGCCAAUAGCUUGCAGAUAACUUUGUGGGUAUAGCCUACAUGAUGAGAUUAUUAUGGACAAACGGCAGCCAAGCAUCGAUGAUCAUGUCACCAGAAUAAAACCCUCUAUAGUUAUUGGAAAGGAGCAUCAAGCUCAUCACCGUGCACUUUCACCACCCUGUGAAGUUCAUCGUAACUUAUUUCAUCUGUAGCCUAAUGAACUGCAUGCUUUCCCGACGAGUCGUAGGGGGAGGACCACACAAUAUGUCAUCGUGUGACUCCCAAGUUUACUUCGAUAUGAUGGUUAUUAUAUCAAUAUUUGCGCAUUAAAGCAUUUCCACCAACAUUUCUUGCAUAAUGAAUUUUACAAACACAAAACGAUCCCACCUUGUCUAGCGUAUUUUGUUUUGUCGACAUUUGAAAAGUUUACCGACAGAUUUUCUGUUUCCAUCACAGACAUUUUUUAUUUGAUGUACUUUAUGCGCAUAAAAAGGUUGGAUGGAAACCUGGUUAUUGUGAUUGGUUUUAAUUAAAAUAGUCAAAGGGAAACUAAAUUAGCAAUUUCUCAAGCAAGAAUUUUGGUAGGACUGUCAGGGAGUGGUCUGAUGUCACCAGGCAGGCCAAAACUCCAACCCACCAAAACAGGCCGACAUUUCAGCAGGCCUUUUCAAACACUAAAAGGGCAUUAUCAUAAUUUUCACAAUUUCACAGUAUUAUUCUAACCUUACAGUGGAAAUAUAUAUAAAACAAAAAUCAGGUUUUUGACUGCACUGGGCCUUUAACUAAGGGGCAGUGAGUAACUGGAGAACCGUAGUUAACACUUCCCUCUUCUGUCACCCAGAUUCAGGUGUGCAUUGCUAACCUCUCUCCUAUGACACUGCUGUAGUAGUUAUGGUGCUUCUCUAUGCCUUAUAACCUGCUAGCUCAUGCUGGGUACCACAGUACUAACCACAUAGACUAGAAUCAAUAGAAUGAACAACGUUGUCUCCGAGCAUUUGGUAUGGUUCUGUAUGUAAACCCAAGACACUCCAUUUAAUAUGAUAUGUUACGUUUCAUAUGGUAUGUAUUAAUUUGAGGAUGUCCUUCAUCCAUUUCAAAUUGCAAUUCGUACAAUAUGUUACGUAGUUGCAAAUUAGCUAAAAAGUAGUAAAAAGUUGCUAAUUAGCUAAAAUGCUAAAGUUGCCCGUGACGAGAAUUGAACACAACCUUUGGGUUGCUAGAUUUUUACAUUAUACCAAAUGUAACAUCAUACUAAAUUCAGUGUUAUGGAUUUGCUAUGGUUUUGUUAUGGUCUAGUUUAUGAGACCAGUCUGGAAUGGAACAUUCAAUGGCAAGAAUGGGUAGAAUUUUCUCAGUGUUCCACACAUGCAACAAUGGUGUGGGAAGUAGAGAUGAUAUUUCUAUGGGAACUACCAAUUGAAUUCCAGUGGUCUAAGGGCAUGUGUCCAUUCUAUGCAUUCUAUUUCUAUGGCUAAACCCCGCACCCCCGCCCCCCACCCCAGUGACUGAGAUCUGUGCUUACACAAAAAAAAAAAACAACAACGAAUGUUAAACGAAUGUAAUCUUUCUCUUAACUCAGAUGCGACCAGCGCCUACCGCGGUGCUUUUCGCUCGUAGCAAAGAUGUUAAAAAAAAACACCAAAGAUGUAGCAUUGAUGGAUUUGACCAUUGGAAGAUUUUCAGAUAUCAGAUCUUAGUGUUGUGCUUUUGGGUUGAAUGUUUCACUUUAUAACUGCCACUAAAUAGUAGAGUUAGCGAGGUAGUUUUGGGUACAACCAAAAAGAAAACACACAUGUGAAGACAUUCGAUUCUGGACCAAUUGAAUGUUCAGGAGUGUCUUCCACAUGAUAACAUCACAUAGCUACAUAAAAAUCCCCAAAAUAAAAUGACAUAGAAAUUCCUCACAAAUAUUCACUUUUUAAACGUGGAUUGAGACUGUUAGGGUGAAGAAUCCCACCAUCCCGUCAUAGACUUGUUAUAGGCUUGGUAGAUAUAAGAGAAUUUGAUUUGAAGAGCACUGAGUUGUGUGUGUCAGAAUUGCCUGUGAGAUGAUUAUCUUGUGGUACUAUGGUUUACUCUCGUGGUAUGGUGUACUCUUCUGGUACUAUGGUUUACUCUCGUGGUAUGGUGUACUCUUGUGGUACUAUGCUAUACUAUGGUGUACUAUGGUUUUGAAUGGUAUUAUUGUCCCUCUUGGAUGCAGUAUGGAUAAUUUGCCUGAUUUGGAAAUGAGAUCAUGUCAAGUUUUCAAAGACGUAAGGAAACGUAUAUACAGUAGUAUACGAGUCAAUGACCUAGGAGACGCUGCCCAGUAGUUUGCAGUCCUACGGCUUCGACAUUUCCCUUGGUUUCAAUGGUUUACGAUAACUGGGAACUAAAGGUAACAGACAUAGCAGCAGUUGGAUUGCCUUAAAUCUAGGGGCUCCUCUGCUACACAUACGACCGUAUGGGCUAUAAUGGAACUGUACAGAAAUACAAUGCAUGUUUUGGGAUAUGUAGCAGUAGUCUUUGGAAGUUUUCCUCAUUGGGUUUGCAUUGAGAACGCCUGGGCGCCAGUAUGUUUCCGCUCUCUCGCCAACUCCUUAUGACUUGACGCAUGACAGCAAAGGAGCUGGCAAGAGCACAAACAACUCUGGGACCAGGCUAGCAUUGGUAGGCUUGGUCUGAUGAUAAUGUAUUUGGAUCAGGAGUAGUAGUUGGUGGUUGAAUGUGAAGGUAUGUAUGACCUGGCAGUGAAGUCUAGGAUGAGAACAAUAAGGAUUGGACCGGCAUGUCGUCAUAAUAAAAACCUGGAAGUGCGCAAGAGUUCCAUUCACUGGUGGCUCUGUUUAAAUGUAGUGCACUAAUAUCUAGGAAAUAGGGUGUUCUUGGAGACACAGUUCAAUUCGGUUCCAGUGCAGAUGUACUUCAUUAAGAAUGAUCUAUUACACCACUGUCUCACUCUUCUUUAUCUCAUUCUAGAGCGACGUCAUCCAGUCGUUGCACUAGCUGUCACUCCAACCCCACUGACCAGUUAGAAGUAAGAACGCAGGGCUCUUAUGACAUCACAAUGUAAACAAUGUAUUCCGACUGUAGCAUUCACUUCAGAUACGUACUAACAAUAUGGCCUUCUGCAUGCACAGAAUCCACGCCUGAUUCACUAGUGCCUGUCAACUGAACGACACACACACAAUUUACGCACGCACGCAGAUGUAUGCGCAAUCACACACACAAAACACACAUUUGACAUGUACGCACACACACACACACACACACAGUCAAUGAAUGCCACUGGUUUUCUAACUAACAAUGAGCAUCUGAAUGUUGGACAAUCUUGGAUAAAUCUUAUACUAACAACAGAAAUGUGAUGAUUCCUACUGAGGCUUUCUAUACUGCUGCAGUUCUAUACUAUAUCUCACUGCUGUCUCUCACUGGCAAUAUAUUAUGGAACAACAUUCAUCAAUCAAUGAAACCCAAUAAAAUAAUUUGAAAAGAAAAGAAA